AUGGCAGAUGCCAAAGGUCGCUGCUCUGCAGCAGAUGCCUGCGUUCGAGCAGGUCGUGCUGAGAUGGCCACCCCGCUUCUGCAAAGCUUGGGUUCUCGGUGGGCGCAAGAGCCGCCAGCGUUGGGAGAUGCUGCACAUGCAGCAGGUCUCUUCUGUGGAUUCGUGAAGGUGCCACCGCCAGCUGUGGAUGUUCGACUGACUCGGUUCGUGCUGCGGCCUGAGGGCUUGGGCUUUAAGGAGAGACGUAUCAAGGCAACGCUCGCCAAUGUGGCACACUUGGAGCUGGACAUGAUCUUGCCAGCCGACCGCGAAGUCGAGUUGCUCCCCAGGCCAUACACCAGCAGCGCGGUGUCUUUCGCAGCCGAAGCGAUGUUUAGUGCGGAAAACUCCACCUUCAGCACCCGACCCUCGACAAGUGCAUGCUCCGGGGGGAGCUCCCGAAGCUUUCGUCCGAGGGCUUGGUGGAAAUCCAGUCACCGACGCAAAGGCUGGAAAGGCACUACAAGCCUUGCAGAUUCCAGCAUGUCGACAUCGAGCAGCUUCAGGUGCCCGCAGACACCACAGAGGGACUUGCGGGGAUACGAGACAUUCGAGCAGCUGCUCCAGCCGGGAUGGCGAACAGCCGCAGAGCUCAUCGCGACUUCAAGGGAGGAGGAGGAUGCGGAUGAGGACUCAGGAGACGAUGCUGGCCCGGGUGCACCCAGUCGCCGCGCAUCAGCGAAGCGGGACGCUGUCGUUCUUGGGGUGGGAAAGCCAUUUUGGAAGCUUAAGAUGGAGCAGGAUACAGCCACAAAGGCCGAAAAGCCGCUGUAUCAGCAAAAGCGGAAUGCCCUCAAGCAGGCGACUUCCAACAACCUUUUUGCAAUGCCGGGGCAGCUCGACUCUCAAGCACACGAGAGCUCCUCCUCAGCAUCGUCGUCUACCGAUGCCACGUCUGUGUCUUCGGACAGUGUGGACCCCCUGCUGGCGACUGAAAUAGGUGACCUACUUCCUCAGAGGACCAGUCCGUGGACAGCCACGUUUGCGAAGACUAAAACCUCUUCUGACCCGCACAUGGCCAGAAGAGGAGGUUUGGACGAGGAGAUGAUCGCCAUGGCAGAGUUCGCCGUCGCCGCUCAGCAAGCCGCCGUGCGCGAGGUGGAGGAAGCCGCACUUCCAGCAGAGGCACUUCCGGGAGUCUACUUCGGACACCUGGAAAGCCCACGGUCGACGCUUCUGCCAAAGACCCCGAGGGUUGGUCGACUGCAAAAGCUGGAGCACGAGAAGCGGGAUCAAGACAAUGUACAUCAAAGAAAGCUCCUAUGUUUGCCACACAAGGACCGCGAUUACGACCUCCUCAGGAUGAAUCUGCCGGCCGGCGAGGAGCAGAGGUCUACGACGGCUGGAGGAAACAAGCGAAAAAUGGCCUCGACUUGGGAGCAUGGCAAAGAGGGGCCUUCGAAAGGGCCGCUGUCUCCCGAGGAGGAGGAGCGCAUCAAGGAGGAGAAGGCUCAGUACGAUGACUGGCGCAGGCAAGUGCUGCUAUGUGCACGUCAUCUGACUACACACAUCAGCCGCUUCGAGACGGACCCGCUCGUCGGUGCUGGCAAAGGGGUAUUUUAA